GGGCAGCCGUAGAGACCGCACGUGCCAUGUUCUCAUAGAGAAAACCAAAUGUGGAACUCGCGGGCCUGUAUCACGCGUUCAUAUCUUAGUAUUAGCAAGGUUCACUGUUGACUGUGUUUGUUCGUCGUAACUUGAAGACUUUUGGAGUGCCCCGUGCGUGGCUAAUGCGCUGCGAUGUGUGGCGUGUGGUGGCGCGAUGCGGGCGGGUGAGGCGCGCUUGGUGCGGGCGGUGAGCCGCGCCCAUGCGUCUUGGCGCGACGGCGCUCGCGGCGGCGCUGGCGCUGCUGGCGCUGCUCCCGCCACCCGCGAGAGCCACCAGCCCGCACGGCCUCCGCCCGCCCGAGCCGGACCCCCAGCGCCUUAACCACAUCAAGUCACAGAUACUCUCCAAGCUGGGUCUUUCGUCCCGGCCGCAGCCACGCGGGGCGCCGCCGCGCGACGUGGUGCGGCAGAUCCUCGCGCGCGCCGCGGAUCCGCAGCCGCCGGCGCACGCGCACGACGACCAGCCCAUGCGGGAGGUCAUUGCGAUCGCACAGAGAGGUAGUGUACCUACGGCUAAAAUGGCCAAACCAAGACUUGGUGGUAAUGACGAUAUUUUGUCAUUUGUUGUGUAGAACCAUCAGCUUUUCUUUUAUGGGUGCUGGUAAGUAGUGGUUGACCUUUAAAGACCUUUAGAUUCGGCUUCACUGAAAACCAGAGCAACGAGGUGUUUUCACACGUCUUGUUACAAUAAACUGAGUGGAGACGAUUUUAGUAACUUUUAAAUGUAAAUCUAAAAGAUUUUUUGUUUUAUUCUAAGGUUAUUUUAAUUUUUUGUUAUCAUUCUGUCAUAAGGUUACCAAAUAAACUACUUUUCUUUCUUCUUUUAAGAAUCAACACACUCUUAGUUUGCAACGGCUCUAAAUUGGCCUAUUUCUUAUUGCAUACUGAUAACCUUCACAUUACUUAUAUAUAUUUUUAUGCUCUCUUACGUAAUGGGGUGUGAAUAGGCACUUUCUAGCGUGCUCCGUUCAGGCACACAUCACCACCUACCAUCAGACAAAAUUGUGUUGAAAU